CUUCCGAGGACCAGUGUCCUUGUGACUCCGCCCACUCACCUGGCCACAGCCGCCCAGCUGCCAGGAGCCUGGAGAAGAUGAAGGCAUGCAUGGUUCUCUCCCUCCUUGGCUGCCUGGUGGUUCCAACUGGUGCUUACAUCCUGGGGCGCUGCACAGUGGCCAAGAAGCUCCACGAUGGAGGCCUGGAUUACUUCGAGGGCUACAGCCUUGAGAACUGGGUGUGCCUGGCCUACUUCGAGAGCAAGUUCAACCCCACAGCCAUCUACGAGAACACGCGUGAUGGCUACACUGGCUUCGGCCUCUUUCAGAUUCGUGGCAGUGAGUGGUGCGGCGACCGUGGCAGGAACCGCUGCCACAUGUCAUGCUCUGCUUUACUGAAUCCUAAUUUAGAGAAGACAAUUGAAUGCGCCAAGACCAUUGUAAAAGGAAAAAAAGGGAUGGGAGCAUGGCCCAGCUGGUCCCGGUACUGCCAGUACUCUGACACUCUGGCGCGGUGGCUGGACGGUUGCAGGCUGUGGCCGCCUGCGUGGCCCCCGCAGCACCCCCGGUUGCAUCUUGUGAAGGAAGGUGCUUCUCUGCUUGCUGCUUCAGUCAGCGCUGCUGAUGGUCUCGCCACUCGGCAGCUCCAGAUGGAAAAGGACAAAAGUUUGCUUCAUCCGGGGAUGCAGGAUGCAGAAUAAACCAAACUCAGUCUCAACUGGG